AGUCACUGCUCUCUCUAAGGAAUAGUUAUAUUUUGCUCUUGAAAAUUAUACUGAGCAAAUUGCUAGCAUAACACAAUACACAUAACUGGAAGGGGCCAGAAGAGCUUGCAGGAGGUAUAGGGAAUGGCCAGCCCCAGGAGAUAUUUUUUAAACCCUGCCACUUAGUGCAUUCUAGUCCAUUCCAGAAGUAUAAAUAUUAUUUGUGUAUUACAGUAGUGCUGAUAGGUCCCAGCUGAGAUAAGGGCUCCUUGGUGGUGAAUGUACAUGAGAAAGAGACAGUUCCGGUCUCAAAGAGCUUACACUAAACAAAGAGUGGGAGGGGAAACUGAGGCACAAAGCAGCAAAGUGACUUGCACAAGGUCACACAGUACCUCAGUUGUAGAACCCAGCUCUUCUGAGUCCCACUCCAAUACACUGAACAAAUGUUUUAGAAAACAUUUUUAAGAGCCCCCAAGAUGUCAUCUCUGAUGGGGCUGAUUUAACAAUGUCCAGGGAGAGGCAGGGAAAUCACCUCAGUGUUCCCUGAUGGUUGAAUUUGAAUAAGGGAUUCCAGGGAGCCCUCUUCACCACCUCACUAUCUGGUGGAAUAAAAUGUUGUCUUUUGUGUCGCUGCUGCUGCUGCUCUUCCCUCCUUCUCCUGUUAUCUCUGGUCUCCCCUUUUCUCUCUCUUCUUUUCCAUUUACUGCUUCCAGCUUUGCAACUUUACAUCUAAAUUCUGGUUUCUUUUUCCCUCCUGGGGCUGAUGAAGAUGGGUGUGAAUUUCCCAUCAUUAACAUUCUUCCCUUCUUUCUAGCUGAACGAGUUAGUGGUGGGGGACACCAACGGGAAACUCUGCGUGUACAAGAAUGACGAUAGCAAGCCCUGGACUGUGCGCUCCUGCCAAGGAAUGCUCACCUGCGUUGGUGUUGGGGACGUGUGCAACAGAGGAAAGGUGAGGGAGCCACCAACAGGCCUGAUGAGGUCUCCUCUCUCCUCUCAGAAUCUGGUUGUUGCCGUGAGUGCCGAGGGCUGGUUUCAUCUCUUUGAUCUGACUCCUCCACCCUCAAAGCAUCCAGAUGCCUUUGGCCACCACGAACCCCCACUGGCAGAUGAGCAGAAGCUGGUGUUCAAGCAGCACAUUCCCGCCAACACCAAAGUCAUGCUGAUCAACGACAUUGAUGGAGAUGGGAAGUUCGAGCUGGUGGUGGGUUACACGGACCGUGUGGUACGAGCCUUCCGCUGGGAGGACCUGUCUGAGAGCUCCGACCACAUCUCUGGCCAGCUGGUGCUGCUGAAGAAGUGGCUGCUGGAGGGGCAGGUGGACAGCCUCUCUGUGAACCCGGGCCCUGAUGGUGUCCCCGAGAUGAUGGUGUCCCAGCCGGGCUGUGGCUAUGCUAUCCUGCUCUGCACCUGGAAGCCGGACCAGCAGCCCCUGCCAGAGGGAGGAGACAGCUCUGCAACCAGCAGGGAAGCCCCCGUUCGGGACGUUAUCCUUCACCAGACAUCUGGCAGGAUUCAUAACAAGAACGUUUCCACUCAUCUAAUUGGCAGCAUUGGCCGAGGCUGCACUAAAGUAGAUGCUGGCUCGGGUCUCUUUGCCCUCUGCACUCUGGACGGAACAUUGAAGCUCAUGGAGGGGGCGGAUAAGCUGCUAUGGUCCGUGCAGGUUGAUCACCAGCUCUUUGCUCUGGAAAAACUGGAUGUUACUGGCAAUGGGCAUGAAGAGGUGAUUGCCUGCGCCUGGGAUGGCCAGACAUACAUCAUCGACCACAAUCGAACUGUGGCCAGAUUUCAAGUGGAUGAGAACGUCAGCGCAUUCUGUGCUGGCCUCUAUGCAUGCAAAGGAGGCCACAACAGCCCCUGCCUGGUUUACGUCAGUUUCAACCAGAAGAUCUACAUCUACUGGGAUGUGCAGCUGGAGAGAAUGGAAUCCACCAACCUACUGAAGAUACUGGAGACCAAUCCAGAAUACAGGGACCUUCUGCAGCAGCUGGGCGUGGAUGGAGAUGAUGUCUCGGCUGUCAAAGAUCUGAUUCACAAGACCCUGUACUUCCCAGAAAAGCAGCCACAGAACAGUCCUUGCCAGCAUCGGGGCCCUGCUGGAGCAGACUCCUCCAGUCACCCCACCGUUGCCCAAGACUCGUGGAACUUUCCCACAGGAAGAGCAAGCCCUCUCCAGUUGCUACUUCUGUCACUCAGGCCAGGAGAGAGUCAAGCAUUGAUAUGGGGAGCUAAGCUUUGGGACAGCAAGGGCAUCUGUUCUGAGAGCAGAGAACAUGCUCUUCUGUCUCCUCCAUCACUGAGGAGAGUUGGGAAUGAAGAGGAGACAGGACAAGAAAUGCAGCAUGAGAGAGAAGAGCGGAGUGGAGAGAUGCUAGAUGAGCCCAGGUGGAGGACAGACUGCCAAGCAAUGACAUUUACAGACUGUCAGGAAAGAGCUGCUGAGCCGGAGGGGACCCACGAUGCCUUUGAAGCAGGAGGAAGAGAAGAGCGACUAAUAAGGGCACAAAGAGAGGCCACUUCCUUGGCAGGGACUCCAGAGAGUAAUGGAGAGCCAGUUGGAGGAACCUGUGAACAAAGCUAUAAGAGAGUGGCUAAGGGGAGAGAUGGAAUGAGCAGAGAGAGACAGCAACUAAGACAAGGUGGAGAAUGGAGCAAAGAGGAAAAUGCCCAGGAGAGGAAUUAGAAAGGAGAACAUAGCUGGAGAGAAGCAUUGUCUGGGGUGUCUAUCAUGUUUGCUUUCAACAAACAGAUG